CGCCAUUUCUCUGCGAAUUCUGUGUUUGAUCUCCGAAAUCUCAUCUUUCACUACCAGAAGAAAAAAAAAUCAACGCGUUCUCUCUCUCUCUCUCUCUAUUUGAUUCUUUCAUUUUCUCGGCCUGACCUAGAAAGUUCAAAAAUUUUCCGAGAAAGUGCGUUGGUUGCGAGGAAAUUUCGUUUGUUUGUUUGUUUAUUUGUUUGGAAGAGUAGAUGAGGGAGGAAAUGGUGUACAGUAAGGAAGAAGACAUGGAAAGAGAAGAGUUUGUAGAGGAAAGAGGAUUGAUUUCGGAACAACAGAAAUGUUGUAUUGGAGUAGGAGGGUUUCCUCUCCACAAGAGAUCAGUGGUUGUGGUUGGAUACGCUCUUACGUCGAAGAAGACGAAGAGUUUCUUGCAGCCUAAGCUUGAAGGAUUAGCUAGAAAUAAGGGGAUACUGUUUGUUGCUAUUGAUCAUAACAGGCCUCUUUCGGAUCAAGGUCCUUUUGACAUCGUUUUGCAUAAGUUAUCAGGAAAAGAAUGGCGCCAGGUUCUUGAGGACUAUCGGCAAACACAUCCAGAAGUCACUGUUCUUGAUCCUCCAGAUGCCAUACAACAUUUACGUAACCGGCAGUACAUGCUUCAGGCUGUUGCUGAUAUGGACUUGUCUGAAUCAUAUGGCAAAGUUGGCGUGCCCAAACAACUGGUUAUUAAGAAAGAUGGAUCAUCUAUCUCUGAUGCUGUUGCAAAAUCUGGGCUGACACUUCCCCUUGUUGCAAAGCCGCUAGUUGCUGAUGGGAGUGCAAAGUCGCAUGAGUUAUCACUUGCUUUUGAUCGAUAUUCCCUCCAAAAGCUAGAACCCCCCCUUGUUCUUCAGGAGUUUGUUAAUCAUGGAGGUGUUCUCUUCAAGGUUUACAUUAUUGGAGAAGCUAUAAAGGUGCUCAGACGUUUCUCUUUGCCUGAUGUCAGUAAACGAGAGCUCUCCAAAACCGCCGGUGUAUAUCGUUUUCCCAGAGUGUCUUGUGCUGCAGCUUCUGCAGAUGAUGCAGAUUUGGAACCUGAUGUUGCUGAACUUCCGCCACGACCUUUACUUGAGAGACUUGCAAAGGACCUUCGCCGUCGAUUGGGUCUACGGUUGUUCAAUUUGGAUAUCAUCCGAGAGCAUGGCACCAGAGAUCAGUUCUAUGUCAUCGACAUUAACUACUUCCCUGGGUAUGGAAAAAUGCCCGAAUAUGAGCACAUAUUCACAGAUUUCCUCCUGAGUUUGGUGCAAGGAAAGUACAAGAAAAGAGUCGGGUAGACAGUCUAGAAUCAUUGGCGGGCUUUGGCGAAGCUCAGGUUGGCAGUCUUAACGCUAAACGCCGGAGGCGGAGCACCUCAAACAAGUGUGCAGGAGAAGUGCGUACAUGUUUGGUCCCUCUACACGACCAAAUACGUUGUCUAACAACUGAAGAAUUAUACGCAAGUGUAAAUGGACGUACCUUCAAUUUCUGUAAUUACUUGCUCAUAGUUUAUCCCCCUUGUAAGAAGGGAACCAUCGUGUACAGACUACAGACUUCUUGCAAGCCUUAAACUUGUUCUUUUCUUAUUUGAUUAAAUUUUGGAUUGGUGCUCUGAUCUUCACAUUCAACCGUGUAGUAGCUGAAUUAACUACACCCCUGUCAGCUCUUCUGAAUACUUUGUUAAAAUUUAUAGCUCAAGGCAACUGCCUUCUUUCCUCUCAUUAUUAGCAAACCCUUCCUUUUUUUUU